UUUAAAGUGUGGGUAUACUCUUUGGUACGUACAUAAAACUUCCAAACUGUUGAUGUUGAAUUGUUGAUGUUGAUUGUUGAAGGUAACAAAAUAUGUUUUUUUGCCAGAUCAGAUAAAUGUCAUAUGUCAAUUGUUAAGUAUUUAUUUUUAAUUGUAACAAGUUUUUGUUGUGAAAUAAGUGUUAUUGUUGCUAACAUUUUGGAAAAUUAUCUCGUGAAUAUGGUUUAAAUUAUUGAAAAUUCUGCCAUAGGAUUAGUAGGUAUUAAAUACUAUUCAUCAAGAUGUCCUGCAGUUCCGUGGAAGAUAUUCCUGAACAAUGUAAAGACCUGUUCACUCAAGAUGGUGUUCUACUCAAGGCGAGCAUUGGUCGUUCAAUCAGCGAUCUUAAUUCAAUUGGGAUGCUCUGUAUCGUUCAAAACAGUGAUGGCACAAAAUGCAUUGAAUGGCGUCCAAAUGAUCUUAUAACUAUUGACUCUGACACACAAGACCAGGAAUGGGCAGUUGUUAACACUAUUGGUCGCCGUCAAAGAACUCUGAGCGGGAAUAUGACCUCAGAUUAUGCAGCAGCUCGAGCAAGAAUCAUCCGAAUACCCCUCGACGAGCUAAAAACAUUUAAAUCAUCAAGAAACAAUCAACAGAUGCAAUUUUCAACUAAACAGGGCGUUUGGCAGAACACAUUCUACUUUCAACACGGAAACGCUGAGAUAUUCGUCGCUUAUUUAAAAAACCAUGUGAAAACGGCUAAAACAAGACACGAUAGGAAUACGUACGUUGUUGUCGAACCAAAUAUCGAGUCACAGGUGUUGAACCGUUCGUUUGCGGAGCUUGAUAUUUUCACGGAGAACACAACAGAUGUCGUUUGGAACUUGGUGUCUAAUUUUAAGCAGAGGCCGUAUGAAACGACAUUAGAAGCAUUCUCUAAGCUUACUGAUAUUGUUUAUUACGGCAACGAAGGUAUGAACGGCAAGAGGGACGUCUCGGAAGAAGUGGCAGAUCUCCUGACGAAGAGCAUGAGCGCGUUGGAGGACACCACCACCGUAACCAGGACUGACGAAUACGAAGUGAUCAACGUCAAACCAACUUUGCCACCGAGGCCUUGUAUACCCAGAGGAACUCCUUUGUCGACAGAAAAAUGGGAGGGCUUACAGGACCCCGAAGGUCGAGUCACAGAAAUAGAUGGCGUGAGGCAACUUAUUUUUAGAGGCGGUGUUGCACAUUCAAUACGGAAUUCAGUUUGGAAAUACCUUCUGGACUAUCAUCCGUGGAGGAUGACCCACGCGGAAAUUAAAGUGCUCCAGAAGAGAAAAACAGAGGAAUACUUCUCCAUGAAGCUACAAUGGAGAUCCAUGACAGAUGGUCAAGAAUCGAGGUUCUCAGAAUACAGAGACAGGAAGAGUUUGGUCGAGAAGGACGUCAAUAGGACGGACAGGACCCACCCGUUCUUUGCUGGUGAUAAUAAUCCGAAUUUGAUAGUUUUACAAGAUAUAUUAAUGACGUAUGUUAUGUAUAACUUCGAUUUGGGUUAUGUACAAGGAAUGAGCGACAUAUUAGCCCCACUGUUGCUGUUGCUGGGGAAUGAGGUGGAUACAUUCUGGUGCUUCGUUGGAUUCAUGGAGAAAAUUGCAUCAAACUUCGAUAUGGAUCAAGCCGGGAUGAAACAGCAGCUAGUUAACUUACAACAGUUACUGACUUUCGCGAGCCCCGAGCUAGCGAGACAUCUAGCUUCGAAGGACUCCGGCAAUAUGUACUUUUGCUUUCGAUGGCUCCUGGUUUGGUUCAAGCGGGAGUUCUCUUAUCGGGAUAUUAUGAGGCUAUGGGAGGUGCUAUGGACGGGAUUGCCAUGUGCUAACUUCCACUUGCUCAUCUGUGUUGCCAUACUCGACUCCGAGAAAGAUGUGUUAAUAACCAAAGACUACGGUUUCACUGAAAUAUUGAAGCAUGUCAACGACCUUUCAAUGUGUUUGGACGUUGAUCGUAUACUGAGCAUAGCGGAGGGCAUCUACCACCAGAUUAUAUCAGCACCUCAUCUCUCGGACCAAAUAAGGAUUGUCCUAGGCAUCCCGACAGUUGGUUCUAGACCGGAACCAGAACCUGAGCCAGAACCGCAGACCAGCCAGACCAAUGGUAAUGUAGAGACCGACCGGGAACAAUCGGACAUGGAGGAAGUUAUGUAUCAGAUAGGCUUAGAUAUGAAUUUCUAAGGUUACACUCGAAUAUAAUGGACUACAAAUUUCUAUUGUGACGAAAACUGUUUUGGCGCUUCUAGCGUAGUAUUAUGUAUUAUAAAUAUAUUGAUAUAUAGACUGCAUGACGAGUGAUAAUUUUAUAUUUUUAUAUAAAUACCUAACGCACUAUUCAUUCAAGUUAUACAGAUAGAAUUAUAUAUAAAAUUUCAUCUCGAAUGGAGGUGGUAGGCAUUUUAAUCUUUAAUUCAGUAACCUCCUAACAUUUUUUAAGAAGUUGAGAAACUUUUUGCCCGAUAUAUAAAUUAUGAAUCCGAAUAAAAUAUGUUGAAUAUCGAAUCAUUUUGUUUUUUUGGAUUUUCAUUUAAAUAUAUUGUGAGUUAUUUUUUUUUUAAUUUAGUUCUGUUUAUAAAUUCAUUAAAUGUUUAAAAUGAGUAUUUUCUAGCACAGAUAUUUAUCUGUGCUAGAAAAUAUAAUUACUUAAAAAUCAAAAUUGUUUCAUCGAUAAAUUACAUUAAAUAUUGUUAAAUUUUCUUUGUUUUAUUGUAUGUUUGUUCUUUACUCGUUCUUGUAUUUUACUCAAAUUGUUAUUUAAAUUGUUAUUGAAAGGUAAUGUCAAUUGUUCAUAAAUCUUCUUUUCUAUUUUAUAUUUUCACUGUUAAUAAAUUUUUGAAAAUAGUC